GCUUCACAGGAAGUGAAGAAACAUGAUCAUUUAUGUUCUUAUUUUAUAUUACACCACAUUAUAUUCCAGAAAAAAAUUGUGAUUCGGAAUGAAUUUAGAGAAGCAUUGUGUUAAUGAUCUCCCCUAGUGGUAAUGUGCAAAUUCGAUUCUAAAUUUUCUAGCAUCUGGGCUGAAAAAAGAAAAAAGGGAAGUAUAGUCAGUUGCACAAUUCAAAAUGUUGAUCAAGAGAAUAUUAAGGCCUUGAUAGAAAAUUUCCCUGGUAGAGCCUGUUAAAGACAAUCCAUCAGGACCCUUUAGAUGGAAUUCUUGAUUGGUCUCAGUAACAAAAAUGAUCCACAGAUGACUUAUGGAACCAUGUCGUCUGACUCUGUAAGGGAGGUAUAAGAUGGUUUUGGACUUCAGGGGAGAAGUCCAGAUUUCAUUCAUGGUUAAUCAUGAAUGAAAAUGAAACUAAGAAUAUAUACUGUAGAAAAAGAAGAAGAAAAGCCAUAAGACUGCUUAAAAAGUUCCGUGUCUUACACAGAAGAUAGAAAAGAUAGAAUGUCUCCAAUCUGAUGGAUCUUUUAAAAAUUUGGUUAUUCUAAUGAAUUUACUUUUUCUGAGAGCUGAGCUGAUUGUACUUUGGCCGACUAAAGGGUUAAUGCUUUCAAGGGAAAUUAGCCCUGACUAAACAUUGCUGCUGGCUCAUAAAUGCACUGGGCUUUGGGCGGUAUAAUAACUAAGAGAAAUCAGUGUGUAGGAGAGACACAAAUAAGUGUCCCUCAGUGACAGAGGCAACAAUAAUUGUGAAAAAUACUUCAGCAGUUAUGGACUCAUCUGACGUUCGAAGGAAAAAAGUAGCUGUCAUUGGCGGUGGCUUGGUUGGCUCAUUACAAGCAUGCUUUCUUGCAAAAAGGAAUUUCCAGAUUGACGUAUAUGAAGCUAGGGAAGAUAUUCGAGUGGCUAACUUCACACGUGGAAGAAGCAUUAACUUAGCCCUUUCUCAUAGAGGACAACAAGCCUUGAAAGCCAUCGGCCUGGAAGAUCAGAUUGUAUCCCAAGGUAUUAUCAUGAGAGCAAGAAUGAUUCACUCUCUUUCAGGAAAAACGUCUGCAAUUCCCUAUGGGACAAAGACUCAGUAUAUUCUUUCUAUAAGCAGAGAAAAUCUAAACAAGGAUCUAUUGACUGCUGUUGAGAAAUAUCCCAACGUGAAAGUGCACUUUAACCACAGGCUGUUGAAAUGUUAUCCAGAGGAAGGAGUGAUCACAGUGCUUGGAUCUGACAAAGUUCCCAUAGAUGUUACCUGUGACCUCAUUGUAGGAUGUGAUGGAGCCUACUCAACUGUCAGAUCUCAUCUCAUGAAGAAACCGCGCUUUGAUUAUAGUCAGCAGUACAUUCCUCAUGGGUACAUGGAGUUGACUAUUCCACCUAAGAACGGGGAUUAUGCCAUGGAACCUAAUUAUCUGCAUAUUUGGCCUCGAAAUACCUUUAUGAUGAUUGCACUUCCUAACAUGAACAAAUCGUUCACAUGUACUUUGUUCAUGCCCUUUGAAGAGUUUGAAGAACUUCUAACCAGUAGUGAUGUGCUGGAUUUCUUCCAGAAAUACUUUCCGGAUGCCAUCCCUCUAAUUGGAGAGAGACUCCUAGUGCAGGAUUUCUUCCUGUUGCCUGCCCAGCCCAUGAUAUCUGUGAAGUGCUCUUCGUUUCACUUAAAAUCUCACUGUGUACUGCUGGGGGAUGCAGCUCACGCCAUGGUGCCAUUUUUUGGGCAAGGAAUGAAUGCGGGCUUUGAAGACUGCUUGGUAUUUGAUGAGUUAAUGGAUAAAUUCAAUAACGAUCUUAGUUUGUGUCUUCCUGCAUUCUCGAGAUUGAGAGUCCCAGAUGAUCAUGCGAUUUCAGACCUAUCCAUGUACAAUUACAUAGAGAUGCGAGCACAUGUCAACUCAAGGUGGUUCAUUUUUCAGAAGAACGUGGAGAGAUUUCUUCACGCUAUUAUGCCAUCUACCUUCAUCCCUCUUUAUACCAUGGUCACUUUUACCAGAAUAAGAUACCACGAGGCUGUGCAGCGUUGGCACUGGCAAAAAAAGGUGAUAAACAAAGGACUCUUUUUCUUCGGAUCACUGAUAGCCAUCAGCAGUACCUACCUACUUAUGUACUGCAUGUUACUACGACCUCUUGACUACCUGAGAAGACCAUGGAACUGGAUAGCUCACUUCUGGAACACAACAUGUUUCCCCACAAAGGCCAUGGGCUCCCUAGAACUAACUUCCAAUCUCAUUAGCAGGUGAUAGAAAGGUUUGAGGUAGCAAAUGCUUGAUUUCUUUCUCUGUGACCAAAAUUAAGUGUUAAAAAAAAAUGUUUCUAUUGCCAUAUUUGAUUCACUAAUGGAGGAUGCUGAUCUGCUUAUAAUUAAACUUAAUGUAGA